CCCGUCCUACCAAUCAGCUGUUGGGUCAGAGUUCACCAUGUGUUUGUUACCCGCACACCUCAUGACAUGUUAGUUCGGACUUCGCUCUUCCAGUUUCUCACAAGGGGCGCGCGCUGCCUUCUCCAGACCAGCGCAACAACUCGACACGUCCCCGAGUUUCUACCACGCCAUUUUAGCAGCAGUAGACACGCCAGGAUGCGCCUGGUGUCGUUCAGGGAUCGGGGAAGCGAUGGGAAACCUCGGGUUGGAGUGGAAGUAACGGCUGGAGGGGGCGUGGUGGACCUGGCAGCAGCAUGCCCUGCCCUCCCCAGGGACAUGUGCGACUUCUUGGCAGCAGGACAGACUGCCUUGGAGGGCGCUAAAAGCGCCCUCGAGGCUGGACAGCAUAUCUUACCCAGGGACCAGAUCCACCUCACAUCACCUGUACCAAACCCUGGUAAAGUCAUCUGUGUCGGCAUGAACUACAAAGACCACUGUCUGGAGCAGAACGCACCCAUCCCAGAAGAGCCCAUCUACUUCUCCAAGUUCGGCAACUCCAUCACCGGUCCGGAGGAUGACAUCAUCCACCCGGAGAAUAGCGAUGAAGUUGACUGGGAGGUUGAGAUGGUGGUUGUGAUCGGGAA